GAGCGAGGGGAGAUAUAUCCGAAUAUAUAUUAUGUUCAUAUGUAGUACUAUAGAAAAAUUUAAAAAAUGAGAAAAAAUUAAAAAAAACACGAAAAAGGAAAAGAUCCAAAAGGGAUAGACGAAAUAAAUUUUAAAAGUGGGAACGUAACCUCUUCUAAUUUUUUAAGCAUAAAAAAUGGGUAGAAUCAGCAACAUUAAUGGGAAGAUAUGGAAAUGUUGAAGAAGUUGCUGCUGUUAUUAAAUUUUUGGCAAGUAAAGAAGCAAGUUUUGUUUGUGGGGCUAAUUGGUUAGUAGAUGCUGGAAUGGCUAUAAAAGCUAUACCUGUUGAUAUUAGUGGAGAAAUUAUUUGGAAAAAUUAG